GCAGCAGCACCUUUGACGUCCCAUUUCCCCACGUGACGGGCAGCUCCAUUCCAGGGAGGGAGCUGCAGCCGCUCCUGCAAAGCUUGGCGGGGGGAGGUGGGGGGAGUCGCAGCCUCGGCGGCGGCAGCAGCCCUCUGUCCGCAUUGUUUGUGUGAUGAAUGAUCAGUGCCUCCCUCCGCCUGCUGCCGGCUGACACCCGCCGCACGGGGCACGCGGGGAGGAGAGCAGCGGCUGGCGCGGUGCAGUGACCUUGGCCCAGGAGUGGCAAACCGCUCCACACAGCGUUCAGCAGAGGAUCACAUCGCCGGGACAUGGCGCAAGGAAAUAAUUAUGGGCAGAGCAGCAACGGGGUGGCUGAUGAGUCCCCGAACAUGCUGGUGUACAGAAAGAUGGAAGACGUCAUAGCCCGUAUGCAAGAUGAGAAAAAUGGGAUUCCUAUUCGUACAGUUAAAAGUUUUCUUUCCAAGAUACCCAGUGUCUUUUCAGGUUCUGACAUUGUUCAGUGGUUAACGAAGAAUUUAUCAAUAGAAGACCCAGUGGAAGCUCUACAUUUGGGGACAUUAAUGGCAGCACAUGGCUAUUUCUUUCCAAUCUCAGAUCACGUUCUAACACUAAAGGAUGAUGGCACCUUUUAUCGGUUCCAAACACCCUAUUUUUGGCCAUCAAAUUGUUGGGAGCCGGAAAACACAGACUAUGCGGUUUACCUCUGCAAGCGAACAAUGCAAAACAAAGCGCGGCUUGAGCUAGCAGACUAUGAAGCAGAAAGUUUGGCCAGGUUACAACGAGCAUUUGCCCGGAAAUGGGAAUUUAUUUUCAUGCAAGCUGAAGCACAAGCAAAAGUGGACAAGAAAAGAGACAAGAUAGAAAGAAAAAUCCUUGAUAGUCAGGAGAGAGCAUUCUGGGAUGUACACAGACCUGUGCCGGGCUGCGUAAAUACGACUGAAGUGGAUAUAAAAAAGUCUUCAAGGAUGAAAAAUCCUCACAAAACAAGAAAGUCUGUCUAUGGAUUACAAAAUGACAUUCGAAGUCACAGUCCUACCCAUACACCAAUACCAGAAGCUAAGCCACCCACAGAAGAUGAACUACAUCAAGAGAUUAAGUAUUGGCAAAUACAAUUAGAUAGACAUCGAUUAAAAAUGUCAAAAGUUGCAGAGAGUCUAUUAGCCUACACAGAGCAGUAUUUGGAAUACGAUCCAUUUCUUAUGCCCACUGACCCUUCUAACCCUUGGAUAUCGGAUGACACUACUUUCUGGGAACUUGAAGCAAGCAAAGAGCCAGGACAGCAGAGAGUAAAGCGAUGGGGUUUUGGCAUGGAUGAAGCACUGAAGGACCCUGUUGGAAGAGAGCAGUUUCUUAAAUUCCUGGAGUCAGAAUUCAGCUCAGAAAACUUAAGGUUCUGGAUGGCAGUAGAAGAUUUGAAGAAGAGACCUAUUCGUGAAGUUCCUGCUCGAGUCCAGGAAAUUUGGCAGGAGUUUCUUGCUCCAGGUGCUCCCAGUGCCAUCAAUUUAGAUUCAAAAAGUUAUGACAAAACUACACAGAAUGUGAAGGACCCUGGAAGAUACACAUUUGAAGAUGCGCAGGAGCAUAUUUACAAACUGAUGAAAAGUGAUUCCUAUCCUCGUUUUAUACGAUCCAGUGCCUACCAGGAGCUGCUACAGGCCAAGAAAAAGGGCAGAAACAUCCCUAUUUUCCCAUGCCAUAAAAACUGUACACCAACACUGAGGGCGAGCACUAACCUGUUAUGAAAAGAGGGGAAAUCGCUCACAUCAAAGAGGUUAACCAGUCUAGUGCAGUCCUACUAAAAGGAUCACCUUGUAGCAUGGAAGCAGACUCAAAUCAUUAUACAUACUUUGUAGCUCACUGAUUGCCUGAAUCAGAGGACAGUAGAACAAGAUGUUGCAUGAGCAAGGACCUGACUUGUUUUCUUUUGUGUAUACUAAGGCAUUACAGACUCCGAGGGACUCUCUAACUUUUGAUGCCUCCAUUUCGAAAAUUGUCUGCUCACUUCCUCCUUCAUAUCAAGCUGGAUCUGUGUCUUUUUAUUUUCUGCAAGCUCAAGUACAGUGAGAAAAGCUUCUGCUAGACACAGUUUAUUAAAAAAAAUGCCAUCAGUCAAAAACUGGAAGAAAUGUAAGAAAAUUGCAUACAUAUACUAAUAAAUAUACAUAUGAUAUCACAUUUGCUGCACAAUAAAUUAGCACAGAAGGUUCCAUUUCACCUGAUGUAUUCACAUUGAGAAAGAAAGCCUGUGUCUUUGUCUGUUGUCUAUAUUCUCUGUUAAUGUUUCUUGCAUUUAUUUUUAUACCAUAUUUAAAAAAGAACACCUUUUACUCCAAAUGUAUUAAAGUUGAUCUUUUCUCUGUAAAUUAGUGUAUGUUUAUAUUGUUGUUUUAUCUUUCAUUAAAAGAUGCAGAAUCUC